AUGGGAGAGGUCGAGGACGAGGAGUGGUCGAUGGUGAAGUGGAACGAGCUGAUGGUGUGGACACUGCUGGCGGUGGUCAACUUCUUCCAGCAGGUCGGAUUCUUCUUCAUCCUCAUGCUCUCGGGCCCGGGUUUCUCCAACGACAACCUACCCUUCUGCGACAGCCUGAGGUUCAUAAGCAACAACCUCGCCGACAUGCCCGGCAUCGCCUCCUACCUCGUCGUCAUAUGGAUCAUGCAGUGGUUCAUACUCGGCAUCGUCAGCUGCCAGAAGACGCCGCUGGUGAACCGCGACGUGAGCAAGGUGCUCGCCUCCAUCAGCUACAUCGGCGUCUUCUGCGUGGUCCUCUACAACCAGGGGUCGGACAGGGAGGACCUCCAUCUCCUCGGGGCGGUGAUCAUGAUCCUGCCCGUCCUCAUAGCGCAGUUCCUCAUCGCCACGGAGGCCUUCACAAGGGCCAGCAAGGACGGCCACUCAAACCCACACACGGUAGCCCCCACGCUGUCCCUCGUCACCAUGUCGAUCAUCUCCAUGACGACCAUCAUGGGGCUGCUCUACUGCUUCCUCUACCUCCUCAACAGGGGAGGGUUCGCCUCCGUCUGCAUGUCCGCGGUGGUCAUACUCGAGUACGUCGUCUACUUCAUGCUCGUCAUCAACAACCUGCUCGUCUACUUCGACUUCACCGCCAUGCACGCCUACAGCAAGCUGAACCCCAAGGCACCGAGGUACACAGAGGACAGCACAUAG